CUUCUCACACGCAGUCGCCUCUCUCUCAGGCCUCAUGGAGUCGCGCUCCACCGCCGAACCCUGUUGACACUAGCCAUCGAGACGUCUUGCGACGACACUUCCGUUGCCAUCGUCGAGAAACACAAGGAUGCAUCAGCAACACUACACUUCCACCAAAAGGUCACGGCCAACACCGCAGCCUACAAUGGAAUACAUCCAGUCGUCGCAUUAGAGUCGCAUCAGUCGUCUCUUGCACCCUUGAUACAACAGGCUUUGAGCCAUCUGCCACCUGCGGAGUCGAGCUCUGAUCCUCGUCGCGCGUUACACCAUCGAGACACUGUCCGCGUCAAGCCAGACUUCAUCUCGGCCACAAGAGGUCCUGGUAUGCGUUCUAAUCUGUCGGUCGGUCUGGAUGCUGGCAAAGCAUUAGCUGUAGCCUGGGACGUUCCCGUCAUUGGUGUCCAUCACAUGCAGGCACAUGCCCUGACUCCGCGCCUGGUGUCUGCACUCGAGUCUCGUUCAGUCACUGGACCGAACUUUCCCUUCCUGAGUGCCUUGGUAUCUGGAGGUCACUCCAUGUUGAUCGAGUCUACUAGUUUGACCCAUCACAAGAUCCUAGCCACAACCGGCGACAUUGCUCUGGGUGAUUGUCUGGAUAAAGCUGCUCGUGCCAUUCUCCCAUCGCAUCUAGUAGCACCUCCAUACGGACGAGCACUGGAACAAUUUGCCUUUCCUGCUGGCGCUUCUGACUACCACUACACAGCACCAGCAAAACGCGACGUCGAACUCGCUCGCAGAAUCACAAAAUGGGGCUGGGGACUAGGCGCACCCCUGGCCGAAAGCAAGAACGGCAGUAGCAGUCGCAAAAUGGUCUAUUCCUUCUCCGGUCUAUUGAGCAGCAUCGAGCGCUUUGUGAAAUAUGAAUUUGACCACCAAGCCUCCACCAUAUCCAAGCGCUUACGCCAGCCUGGCCAUCUAUCUGAUGAUGAGCGCCGCGAGAUGGCCAGAGAAGUCAUGCGUGUAGCUUUCGAACAUCUCGCAUCUCGCGUUAUGCUACAUCUAGCCUCUCUUCCGCCCAGAGCGGCUGCAAAAGUCGAUUCUGUAGUUGUUUCUGGUGGUGUGGCUGCAAACUCCUUCCUUCGCCAUGUAAUGCGCGCCUUCCUGGAUGUCAGGGGUUAUGAUCAUAUACGGUUGUGCUUUCCGCCUAUUGAGCUGUGUACAGAUAAUGCGGCCAUGAUAGGUUGGGCGGGUAUAGAGAUGUGGGAGGCAGGUUGGAGGUCGCAACUGUCGGUACGGCCGAUCAAGACGUGGUCCAUGGAUCCAAGUGCUAGCGAUGGUGGUAUCUUGGGCGUGGAGGGAUGGUUGAAUGUAUAA